AUGUCCAAUGUAAAACGUUUAAUACCAGCCCCACCACCAAAGACAAAUGCAUGGACAAUAAACACAUUGGUGUUAUCUGACAAACCAAAGACCAAAGAAAAUGAUAUAGACAUACGUGCUGCUACGCCGUCAAGCAAUAACAUUUCAUCAUCAUCACCACCACCACCGCCACCACCGCCACCACCUUCAGCUUCAGCUUCAACACCACCAUUACCACCACCAUCCCCACCACUACAGACAUCGUCAUUAGAGUUACAGCAGGUAUCACCAUUAUCACUGCCACCACUGCCACUGCCACCCCCACCACCACCACCACUACUACUACAACUCCAACCACCACCACCUUCUUCUUCUUCUUCAUCAUCCAGACGACUUAACAAACAAGAAAUGCUAAUUACUGUUGGAAAAAACCUCAAAAUUAAAAAACCCAAUUUCCCAAAACCAAAGGAAAUAAAAGGUGGAAGUGGCCAUUUCAGAUACAAGUGCGUUGAUGGAUCUCCACCAAGCACCAGGAUUUGGUCCCUCAAUUCAAGUCCAAUGAUGGCUUUGGAAUCUUCGUCACUGCUCACAACAAGUAACUUGCCAACACCUCUACUUAUUCCAUCGGCAAAUUCUCCCUAUUUUUCUCAAACAUCACAGUCACCACCAAUUUUUCCUAUACCUACUCCAAUGAUUGUAUACGGGCUUCCCCGAAUUUCCUAUCCUUCAAUCAACAAUGAAGUAUCUUCUGCAUCACAGAAUCUAAAACGAGAGACUAAAAAGGCAAAUAUCAAAAGGCAAUUGGAGUACUACUUUUCCACUGAAAACCUUUGCAAAGACACUUAUUUGAGAUCCUUGUUUGACAAACUGGAUGGGAAAGUAGAAGUAAACAAAUUAAUGGCAUUUAAUAGACUUAAAAUUUUAACUCAAAAUGGUAAAUAUGUUGAUUUGUUAGUGGAGGCUGCCCAGGAAAUUCCUUGUUUGUAUGUAUACGAAGAUGCCAGCUAUCUCCGCUUGAAAAAUUGGGAGCAAUGGGUGGUUUCUGGAUGA